AAAUCCUGAAAAAGCAGUGCAAUAAUUUCUUUCCUUCCAGGCAGGUGACACAUGUUUACACAUUGCAGCACGCUACAAUCACUUGGCCAUGAUUAAGAUCCUCUUGGCUUCUUUCUGCUCUGUGGCUGAGAAAAACCAGAUAGGAGACACUGCGCUCCAUGUCGCUGCUGCCCUAAAUCACAAGAAAACUGUCAAUCUGUUACUGGAAGCAGGAGCUGACGCAAACAUCAAAAACAAUACAGGCCACACUGCUCUUGAUAAAGCCCAGGACAAUAACAACCGAGAUUUAGCUAUUCUGUUAGCAAAAUCCAACCAGGUGCAGCGGUUUGCUCGUGGAAGAACUGUGAGAAAACGAAGAGAUGUCUUGCGGGCCCAGAGGAGAACUCAGUCCCUCCCCAGAGUUCAUUCCUCCCGAGAGAAGGACUAUACUGAAGUGGCAGAAGACAAAAAGAACUGUGAUCAAGUGCAUCAACCUGAACGAAAAACAGCAACUCUGAGCACGAGCACGAGGAGAAAGAUCAGGAGCCCAAGACAGUUAAAAAAGUUGGAACAUGUGUUCCGGAGAGAGUAUCAGCUACAUGAAAGAGGAUCUCCAUCCCAGAGAGUAAAACACAGCAGCCCCAGCUCUCAGGAGCAAGAGGAAGCUCCUGGAAAAGCCUAUCAGCUUUAUACACUAUACAGGGAUAAAGAUGGACAGAUAAAGCAGGCUCCUGCGAAUGACUGUCAUUGUAAGCUCCUCAUUAAAACUCUGGAGAAUAAGCUGAAAGCCGCAAAGAUGGAGAUGCGGUCAGAAAUUCACACUGUCCAAGAGGAGAUCAAUUGCAGGCUGGGCGGAAUAGAGCAAAAAAACAAGCACCAGAUAAAAGUUCUUGAGAAACUCACACAGGAGCGUGUGUCGGCUGAAGGGAUGGAGUGUCAUUAUCGAAUCAAUCAGAGAGCCACCCUGGAACGCAUGGAGGGCGAGAGAAAACAGAAGAUAGCUGCUACCAAUGCUGUGAAAAGCUGGUGCAUGUCUAAGAUUCAGGAUCUUGAAGUGCGAAUGCCUGCAGAAACACAAUACUACAAACUUCUGCGCUCUCCAUCCGUGGAUCAGUCUCUGGUGGAUUCAGACCCCGAGGGUCUCCCGCUACGGUCGCUCAUCUCUGAGGAGAGCUCCAGCUCGCUGGCCACUUACGUCAAUCCUAACAAUGACGGGAAAAGUCUUGAAUUUGGGGACGCACGUGGGAGGAGAUACUUUGAGAUGAAGCUGAACGGUUCUUCAGGUGAAUAUCAUAACCUGACAGCUCAUUCAGUGGUCAAACACAAACCUCUAUCACGGAAGCUGGCGACUGCUGACUCCAAGUGGCAGCGAGCAGAAGUGCAGGAGGUUGAUGUCUCAAAGUCCAGGUCAGACAAAGGGGAUGAACUCUGCGACAGCAGUGGCAGCAGCAGCCUGUCCACAUCCAGCAAGUGUUUCAACGACAGCAAAACAGAACCAGCACCCGGCCUGGCCUGGAAACACAGCAGGCACCUGAAGUACAGGAUUAAAGCACAUCACGCUCAAACCCAGCAGAGCAACACCAUGAAGACUAUGGAGGUGUUUUCCCAGCGGCCCGUGGAGGCCACCUUCAUCCAAGAGCGGGCAAACUUGCACGCCGUGGAGGUGACACAGUGUUUCUUUGAGACGGUCUCCACACAGCUGGAACGCUGGUACGAGAGGAAGAUCCAGGAAGCGCAGAAGGUGGCAGAACAGAAAGCUCUGCAGGACAGAGCCAGUCUACUGGAGAGGAUCAACACCCUGGAGGAAGAGCUACAGAGGCUUCGCACUAACACUAAUACGAACUCUUCUUAACACAUGCGUGCUAUGUAUGCCCAGAUACCUUGAUUCCACCUAAUAUGAAAUUCAUGGCAAUAUAAAUGAGAUUGGAGCUUUGUAAACACGGAGUAAACUUACAGUAAUUUAAUUGUUCUAUAGUAAAACUCAUUUACUCACCAUCUUGUCUUUAAAACAAGUUGGAGAAAAAUUCAGAAUCGAAAAGCUGGCUUCCUUUUGUUGAGUUGGAAUGUGAAUUGAAUUGGCCGCACCCUACAGGAAGUUCAACUGUAAUUUGAAUAGGAUUGACAGGAAGAGGAAUUUGCUGAAUAGUGAUUCAAAGAA